GGAGCUGCGCGCCGUGAGGAGCUGGGCCGGGCGCGCCGCGGCGAGGGUGACACACCAUGGUCACAGUUCUCCGAGGUCUCCGCGCCGCUGCCGAGCAGCGCUCCCCGGCUCUCCCGUCCGCCUCAGCCUCCUGGACAGCGCCGCGCGCGGGCGGCCGUCGUUGAGGCGCUGCGAAGUCGCGGCGGGCGGGCGGGAGCUCGGCGGGGGUCGCCGCCCGGCGAUGCUGCUUCUGUCGCCGCCGACCCUCUCUGCGCACGCCCGAAGCAGCUCGGGGAAGAAGAGGCGGCGGCUCUCGGUGCCCGCGCGCUGCGCUCCGGUCGCCGCACCGGGGCUCCCCACGCGCCGAUAAUAUGCAUGUGUCACUGGCAGAAGCCCUGGAGGUUCGGGGUGGACCUCUGCAGGAGGAGGAAAUAUGGGCUGUAUUAAAUCAGAGUGCUGAAAGCCUGCAAGAAGUAUUUAGAAGAGUGAGCAUUGCUGACCCUGCUGCGCUGGGCUUCAUCAUCUCUCCAUGGUCGCUGCUGUUGCUGCCAUCGGGCAGUGUGUCCUUUACGGAUGAAAAUGUCUCCAAUCAGGACCUUAGAGCAUUCACCGCACCGGAGGUUCUUCAGAGCCAUUCUCUGACUUCUCUCGCAGAUGUAGAGAAGAUCCAUAUUUAUUCUCUUGGAAUGACAUUGUAUUGGGGGGCUGACCAUGAAGUACCUCAAAGCCAGCCCAUCAAGCUGGGAGACCAUCUUAAUAGCAUCCUGCUGGGCAUGUGUGAGGAUGUCAUCUAUGCUCGGGUGUCGGUUCGGACCGUCCUGGAUGCUUGCAGUGCCCACAUCAGGAACAGCAACUGCGCGCCUUCGUUUUCCUAUGUGAAACAGUUGGUAAAGCUGGUUCUGGGCAAUAUUUCUGGGACGGAUCCACUUUCCCGUAGCAGUGAACAAAAACCUGACCGGAGCCAGGCCAUUCGAGACCGACUGAGAGGAAAAGGAUUGCCCACAGGAAGAAGCUCCACUUCAGACGCACUAGACACACACGAGGCUCCACUCUCUCAGCAGACCUUUCUUAACAAAGGGCUUAGUAAGUCUAUGGGAUUUCUGUCCAUCAGAGACACACGAGAUGAGGAAGACUAUCUCAAGGAUACUCCAUCUGAUAAUAAUUCCAGGCAUGAAGAUUCUGAGACUUUCUCUUCCCCUUACCAGUUCAAAACUAGUACUCCACAGAUGGAUGCACUCUCCAAGAAGAAGACAUGGGCUUCCUCCAUGGACUUGCUCUGUGCAGCUAACAGAGACAUUUCUGGAGAGACGGGCAGGUACCAACGCUGUGACCCUGAGACAGUGACAGGACGGACGUCCAUCACUCCUAGAAAAAAAGAAGGAAGGUACUCUGAUGGAAGCAUUGCCUUGGAUAUCUUUGGCCCUCAGAAGGUGGAGCCGGUGAUCCACACCCGAGAACUGCCGACCUCCACCGCGGUAUCAAGCGCUUUGGACCGAAUUCGAGAGAGACAAAAGAAACUUCAGGUUCUGAGAGAAGCCAUGAAUGUAGAAGAGCCAGUUCGAAGAUACAAAACUUACCACAGCGAUAUCUUUAGUAUUUCCAGUGAAAGCCCAUCUGUUAUUUCCUCGGAAUCAGACUUCAGACAAGUAAGAAAAAGUGAAGCUUCCAAGAGGUUUGAAUCCAGCAGUGGUCUUCCCGGAGUAGAUGAAACUGGCCAGACACGACCAAGUAGACAAUAUGAAACAUCCCUCGAAGGCAACUUGAUCAAUCAGGACAUAAUGCUAAGGCGUCAAGAGGAAGAAAUGAUGCAGCUGCAAGCCAGGAUGGCUCUCCGACAGUCGCGGCUCAGCCUGUAUCCAGGGGACACCGUCAAAGCUUCCAUGCUCGACAUCUCUAGAGACCCCCUAAGGGAAAUGGCCCUGGAGACAGCCAUGACCCAGAGGAAGCUCAGGAAUUUCUUUGGACCUGAGUUUGUGAAGAUGACGGUUGAGCCAUUUGUAUCUUUGGAUUUGCCACGGUCUAUCCUCUCGCAGACCAAGAAGGGGAAGAGUGAGGACCAGCGGCGGAAAGUGAACAUAAGGCUCCUGAGCGGGCAGCGGCUGGAGCUCACCUGCGACACCAAGACCAUCUGCAAGGAUGUGUUCGACAUGGUGGUGGCGCACAUCGGCUUGGUGGAGCACCAUUUGUUUGCUCUCGCCACCCGCAAAGAGAAUGAAUAUUUCUUUGUUGAUCCUGACUUAAAAUUAACCAAAGUGGCCCCGGAGGGGUGGAAGGAAGAACCGAAGAGAAAGGGCAAGGCCGCCGUUGACUUUACGUUGUUUUUCCGAAUUAAAUUUUUCAUGGAUGAUGUUAGUCUGAUACAACAUGACCUCACGUGCCAUCAGUAUUACCUUCAGCUGAGGAAAGACCUUCUGGAUGAGAGGGUGCACUGUGACGACGAGGCCGCCCUGCUUCUUGCAUCCUUGGCUCUCCAGGCAGAGUAUGGAGAUUAUCAGCCAGAGGUUCAUGGCGUGUCCUACUUUCGCCUGGAACAUUACCUGCCCGCCAGGGUGAUGGAGAAGCUGGACGUGUCCUACAUUAAAGAAGAGUUACCCAAACUGCAUAACACCUAUGCAGGCGCUUCCGAGAAGGAGACAGAGCUAGAGUUCUUAAAGGUCUGCCAAAGGCUGACAGAGUAUGGAGUUCACUUUCACCGGGUACACCCUGAGAAGAAGUCACAGACAGGGAUACUGCUGGGGGUCUGUUCCAAAGGUGUGCUGGUCUUUGAGGUUCACAAUGGAGUCCGUGCCUUGGUCCUUCGCUUCCCGUGGAGGGAAACAAAAAAGAUUUCCUUUUCAAAGAAGAAAAUCACAUUACAGAACACGUCAGAUGGAAUCAAGCAUGCGUUCCAGACGGACAGCAGCAAGGCAUGCCAGUACCUGCUGCACCUGUGCUCCUCCCAGCACAAGUUCCAAUUGCAGAUGAGGGCGCGGCAGAGCAACCAGGAUGCCCAAGACAUAGAGAGAGCUUCGUUUAGGAGCCUGAACCUGCAAGCAGAGUCUGUUAGAGGAUUUAAUAUGGGCCGCGCAAUCAGCACGGGCAGUCUGGCCAGCAGCACCAUCAACAAACUUGCCGUCCGACCCCUGUCAGUUCAAGCUGAGAUUCUGAAGAGGCUGUCCAGCUCAGAGUGGUCGCUUUACCAGCCCCUGCAGAACAGUUCAAAAGAGAAGACUGACAAAGCUUCCUGGGAGGAAAAGCCUAGAGGGAUGAGCAAAUCGUAUCACGAUCUCAGUCAGGCCUCUCUCUGUCCUCACCGGAAACAGGUCAUUAACAUGGAGGCCCUCCCACAAGCCUUUGCGGAGCUGGUGGGAAAACCCUUGUACCCGAUGGCAAGAUCUGACACAGAGUCACUGGCAGGACUCCCAAAGCUUGAUAAUUCAAAGUCUGUUGCCAGUUUAAAUAGAAGCCCCGAAAGGAGGAACCAUGAAUCAGACUCAUCCACUGAAGACCCUGGCCAAGCAUAUGUUGUAGGAAUGAGUUUGCCUAGCUCUGGAAAAUCUUCAUCCCAAGUCCCCUUUAAAGACAAUGAUACACUGCACAAAAGAUGGAGCAUUGUUUCGUCACCAGAAAGGGAGAUCACACUGGUGAACCUGAAGAAAGAUCCAAAACACGGCUUAGGAUUUCAAAUUAUCGGUGGGGAAAAAAUGGGAAGACUGGAUCUAGGAGUGUUUAUCAGUGCAGUUACCCCUGGAGGACCUGCUGACCUGGAUGGAUGCUUAAAGCCUGGAGACCGUUUGAUAUCUGUGAACAGUGUGAGUCUGGAAGGGGUCAGUCACCACGCUGCAGUGGACAUUCUGCAGAAUGCACCUGAAGAUGUGACACUUGUCAUCUCCCAGCCAAAAGAAAAACCGUCCAAAGUGCCUUCUACUCCUGUUCAUUUUGCCAAUGGGAUGAAAAGCUACACAAAGAAACCGGCAUACAUGCAGGACAGUGCUAUGGACCCAUCAGAGGACCAGCCCUGGCCACGGGGUACUCUGAGGCACAUCCCAGAGAGUCCCUUCGGGCUGUCUGGGGGCCUGCGGGAGGGAAGCCUCAGUUCCCAAGAUUCCAGGACUGAAAGUGCCAGCCUAUCCCAGAGCCAAGUCAACGGCUUCUUUGCCAGCCACUUAGGCGACAGAGGCUGGCAGGAACCACAGCAUAGCAGCCCAUCGCCAUCUGUGACAACCAAGGUCAACGAGAAGACCUUCUCCGACAGUAACCGAAGCAAGGCCAAGCGGCGAGGCAUCUCCGAUUUGAUUGAACACCUCGACUGUGCUGAUUCCGACAAAGACGAUUCCACUUACACCAGCAGUCAAGACCAUCAAACGUCAAAACAGGAACCUUCCUCCUCACUGAGUACAUCGAACAAAACGAGCUUUCCAACCUCGUCUGCGUCACCUCCUAAGCCCGGAGACACGUUUGAGGUUGAGCUGGCUAAAACUGAUGGCAGCCUGGGGAUAAGUGUCACGGGAGGUGUGAAUACCAGCGUCCGACAUGGUGGUAUUUAUGUGAAAGCCAUUAUUCCCAAAGGAGCGGCAGAGUCAGAUGGCAGAAUUCACAAAGGUGAUCGUGUGCUGGCUGUUAAUGGAGUCAGUCUGGAAGGAGCUACCCACAAGCAAGCUGUGGAAACGUUAAGAAACACAGGGCAGGUGGUCCAUCUGUUGUUAGAAAAGGGGCAGGUGCCAACAUCUAGGGAACGGGAUCCUGCAGGCCCACAGAGCCCCCCUCCAGACCAAGACGCCCAAAGACAAGCCCCGGAAAAGGUGGCGAAGCAAACACCCCAUGUCAAAGACUACAGCUUUGUUACUGAAGAUAAUACAUUUGAGGUCAAGCUGUUUAAAAAUAGCUCAGGCCUUGGAUUCAGUUUUUCUCGGGAAGAUAAUCUUAUACCAGAACAAAUAAAUGGCAGCAUAGUAAGGGUUAAAAAGCUCUUCCCUGGACAGCCGGCAGCAGAAAGUGGGAAAAUCGAUGUUGGAGAUGUUAUAUUGAAAGUUAACGGAGCCCCCUUGAAGGGACUGUCUCAGCAGGACGUCAUCUCUGCUCUCAGGGGAACAGCUCCAGAAGUGUCCUUGCUUCUCUGCAGACCGGCACCUGGUGUGCUACCAGAAAUCGAUACUACAUUUUUGAACCCACUCUACUCUCCAGCAAACUCAUUUCUAAACAGCAGUAAAGAGACUUCGCAGCCAUCAUCCUCAGUAGAGCAGGGUGCCAGCUCGGACGACAAUGGGGUGUCUGGCAAAACCAAGAACCAUUGCAGGGCUCCAUCCAGGAGAGAGAGUUACAGCGACCACAGCGAGAGUGGAGAGGAUGACUCCGUGAGAGCACCAGCCAAGAUGCCAAAUGUGACCCGAGUGGCAGCCUUUCCACACGAAGCACCGAGAAGCCAGGAAGAGUCCAUAUGUGCCAUGUUUUACCUCCCUCGGAAAAUACCCGGAAAGCUGGAGUCCGAGAGCAGCCAUCCUCCUCCACUGGACGUGAGCCCUGGACAGACGUGCCAGCCCCCGGCAGAGUGUGCUCCGUCUGACGCCACUGGCAAACACUUUACACAUCUUGCCUCUCAGCUGAGCAAAGAGGAAAACAUAACAACCUUGAAAAAUGACUUGGGAAACCACCUUGAGGAUUCUGAGCUGGAAGUAGAGCUUCUCAUUACCCUGGUUAAAUCAGAAAAAGGAAGUCUGGGCUUUACAGUAACCAAAGGCAGUCAGAGUAUUGGUUGUUAUGUCCAUGAUGUCAUACAGGAUCCAGCCAAAGGUGACGGAAGGCUAAAGGCUGGAGACCGGCUUAUAAAGGUUAAUGAUACAGACGUUACAAACAUGACCCACACAGAUGCAGUGAAUCUGCUGCGAGCCGCACCCAAAACAGUCAGAUUAGUUCUUGGGCGGAUUCUGGAGUUACCCAGGAUGCCAGUAUUUCCCCAUCUGCUGCCCGACAUUACAGUCACAUGCCACGGAGAGGAGUUAGGAUUUUCCCUGUCUGGAGGUCAAGGCAGUCCACAUGGAGUGGUGUAUAUUAGUGAUAUCAACCCAAGGUCAGCUGCAGCUGUUGACGGUAGUCUCCAGCUAUUAGACAUCAUCCAUUAUGUGAACGGAGUCAGCACACAAGGAAUGACCUUGGAAGAUGCAAACAGGGCAUUGGACCUGUCACUUCCUUCAGUGGUGCUGAAAGUAACAAGAGACGGUUGUCCAGUGGUGCCUACAACAAGAGCUGCCAUUUCUGCGCCCAGGUUCACCAAAGCCAACGGCCUAACCAGCAUGGAGCCUUCUGGACAGCCUGCACUCAUGCCCAAGAACUCCUUCUCCAAGGUUAACGGGGAAGGAGUACAUGAAGCUGUGUGCCCUGCAGGAGAAGGCUCGUCUUCUCAGAUGAAGGAGUCAGCAGGCCUGACUGAAACCAAAGAAUCUAACUCCCGGGAUGAUGACAUCUAUGAUGAUCCUCAAGAAGCUGAAGUUAUCCAGUCCUUGCUGGAUGUUGUGGACGAGGAAGCACAGAACCUCUUAAACCAGAGGCAUGCCACCAGAAGAGCCUGUUCUCCAGAUCCACUGAGGACGAAUGGGGAGGCACCAGAAGAAGGAGAUACCGACUAUGAUGGGUCUCCGCUACCUGAGGACGUCCCUGAGUCAGUGAGCAGCGGAGAAGGAAAAGUAGACCUUGCAAGCUUAACUGCAGCAUCACAAGAAGAGAAGCCCAUCGAAGAGGACGCCACGCAGGAAAGCAGAAACUCGACAACGGAGACAACAGACGGUGAAGAUUCCAGCAAAGAUCCCCCCUUUCUGACGAAUGAGGAGCUGGCAGCCCUGCCGGUGGUCAGAGUCCCUCCCUCUGGCAAGUACACGGGCACACAGCUGCAGGCCACCAUCCGCACGCUGCAGGGCUUGCUCGACCAAGGGAUCCCUUCUAAGGAGCUGGAGAACCUUCAAGAAUUAAAACCUUUGGAUCAGUGUCUGAUUGGACAGACAAAGGAAAACCGCAGGAAGAACAGAUACAAAAAUAUCCUUCCCUAUGACACCACAAGAGUGCCUCUUGGAGAUGAAGGUGGAUACAUCAAUGCCAGUUUCAUCAGGAUCCCGGUGGGGACCCAGGAAUUCGUGUACAUUGCCUGCCAGGGGCCGUUGCCCACCACUGUGGGGGAUUUUUGGCAGAUGGUUUGGGAGCAGAACUCCACGGUGAUAGCAAUGAUGACGCAGGAGGUGGAAGGAGAAAAGAUCAAAUGCCAGCGGUACUGGCCAAGCAUCCUGGGCACAACCACCAUGGCCAACGAGAGGCUGCGCCUGGCCCUCCUGAGGAUGCAGCAGCUGAAGGGCUUCAUCGUGCGGGUGAUGGCCCUGGAGGAUAUUCAGACAGGGGAGGUGCGACAUAUUUCUCAUCUGAAUUUCACUGCCUGGCCAGACCACGAUACACCGUCGCAGCCAGACGACCUGCUCACAUUCAUCUCCUACAUGAGACACAUCCGUAGGUCGGGCCCAGUCAUCACACACUGCAGCGCUGGCAUUGGACGCUCAGGAACCCUCAUUUGCAUAGACGUGGUCCUAGGCUUAAUCAGCCAGGAUCUGGAAUUCGACAUCUCUGACCUAGUGCGCUGCAUGAGGCUUCAGAGGCACGGCAUGGUGCAGACCGAGGGUCAGUAUGUCUUCUGCUAUCAAGUCAUCCUCUAUGUCCUGACUCAUCUUCAGGCUGAAGAGCAGAAGGCACAGCCAGGGCUCCCACAGUGAUGCAGAGCAGCCUCCAAAGGCUCCCUCCCUUCCUGCAUCCAGCCGACUCCUGCUCUCCACUCUUGAGAGCAGCAAGGCCAAGCAAGCAGCACCGUGAAGCUUAGUCCCUCCUGCUUGAAGGACAGGCGUUCCCGUCAGAUACGGACGUCAAGAUGCUGUGUUUUUACAGCCACUUCAACCACUGAUGGUCAUUAAAACUCCUUUUUCACUAACUGAACCAGCAGGUCUUAGGGCUGGAGACAGCAUUUGAUCAUAGUGGACGUUGUUACAAAGACACACUGAGUCUAUUUUUAAUGUACCAAAUCCUGUUUAUAGCAAAAAUUUUCCAGUAUUUUAAUAAAGUAGAUUUAUUUUAUAGGGGAUACUUGAAGCCAGUAUUUAAGCUUUUAAUGACAGUAAUAUUGGCAUAGAAGACGAACUAGCAAUGUUUACUGUAUCCAUUUCUAAUGUUUACUAUAUAUAAUUUCCUGUAAUAUAUUUAUAUACUUUUCAUGAACAUGGAGUUACCAGAUACCGUUUGUACCUGUGUCAUCUCACUUUGUAAAUAAAACUACACCUUAAAACAUAGACAACCAA